UCAACAGAAGGCAUAGGGAAUGUAGAUGGAGGAAGGGGAUCAACAGCAGGAGGGGGUAAAGGAGGAAAUGGAGAAGGAAGUGGAAAAUCAGAACAAAUGGGGGGUGAAAGAAAAGGUCGAGGAGUUAAUGGGAAUAGACGAAGAAAAGAAGACAAAUGUGGACAAGAAGAAUAUGAAGAAACACGGGGAAACGUUGGGGGAAUAGGGUCGAAUGGAAAUGAAAAACAUGUAUAUGGAUUGGGAGGAACUAGUCGUGGAUUAAGAGAGGUAAUUGCGGAGGGUUAUACAACGCUGGGAGAAGGAAACGAAGAGGUGAACUAUAGAGGAGGUCAAAGGAGACGGCGACGCGAAGGAAGGGAGGAAUUAGACGGGGAAAAUAGUUCAAAUCGGGAAGCUGGAGGUCAGAUUGAAUCUAAAAGAGAUGGAAAGGAAGAAGAUUUUGAUAGCCAAAAUUGUGGUGAUGCGAGUCAUCAAUUCCAAAGCAAACACUCAGGUACAAGUGAUUGCCACGAGUCACAUCCAGAUUUGAGCGACGAAAAGGGCUUUAACAAGUUCAUGUUCAAAUUAGUUAAAAGCAAACUGUCGAGUCACAAUGAAGGGUCUGGUCAAGACACAGGCAACGAUAAAAACAACUUAGAUUGGUCUGAUAUAAAAAAGGUAAAAGAAGCUCUUUUAAACCCCUCAAGGUCUAAAACUGGUCUAGAAAAAGCGACAGAGGCAACACAUUCGGAUAGCAGAUGCGUCGCUGGCGAAAAAUCAGGAGAUCAAAAGCCAAAAAAGAAAGACAAACGCAAGACACACGAAGCAAAAAAGCCAUUUGGUGAGAAGGGAAAUAUUCACACGAUUUUUACAUUGAAUGGUGGUGACGCGAAACAAGUGAAAUACAUAGGCAACGUGGCGUGUUUUGCAGACGAUGACUAAAUACUUACAGCUAUUUAGAAAUAGACUAACGGCAAAACAUACAAGACACUUGCGGACCAAGAAAUCGGUGUGUGUGUGUGUGUGUGUGUGCGUGUGUGCGUGCGUGCAUGCGUGUGUGUCUGUGUGGAUUACAUAAUAGCAGCGGACCUCAGUUGUAUUUAAAUUGUACAUAAUGCAUUUAAUACAUAAGAGCCUUCCACAGUGCAAAAAGUGGGUGGGGAAGGACAACAAUUUAAAUGUUUCAAAAUGUUUUAAUUAUAUUUCCGAAACAAUCUUUCUAAAAGUACAUGUACAACCUUGGCAACAUGAUUUUGUGCAAUACGGAAUUCAGCAAAUUUUAUGAAAACAGAUUUUACAACAUUUUGGCGAAUGUUUUUUUCCGGAAAAGUCUGUUGACAAUAUGUCUAUGUUUUUGUAUCAACAUCAUUAAGAGUACCAUAUCAACUCUGUCCUAUGGUUUCUUGGUGACAUAUUUUCAAAAACGAAAACUACUCAAUAAAAUAGUGAAUUAAAUUCACUUCUUCGUAAAAAAAACAUUUAUCUUUCAUAAAAUUGAAGUAAUCAGAAAGCAACAGGACACUGUUGAUUGGAAAAUCUUGAUAAUGUUGAUCCAACCAUUUAAAAAAUGGUUUUGAAGAAAUGCGCAAAAUAUGAUAAAAUCCUCAUUCAUAUAAUUUGCUGAACUUUUUUUUAUGUUUUGGUCCUUCGAAUCAACUUCGGCGCCGUGGAAGGCGCCUAAAUCAGACAUGCUAAACUGUAAUUUGAUAUUCUACCUGCUUGGAGAAUACAUAUUUGGUGCGAUGGAUCAUGUCCCUCAAAACAGCCUUUCUCAUGAAGCUUAACAUGAGGUUUACACAUUUUGAAGAUGACUUUUGUUUGUCGUUAUAGUCAUUUAGUUUACUAGUCUUUAUUCGUAUGUUUAUACUACAUGUAUUAAUAUUAUUUUUUUUGUGUGUCGAACAAUUCAUGCUUACCUUUAGGUUUGGAAUGUCAUCAAAAAUGUCAUGAGAUACAAUGCAUGUGUUAGAAUGUCACUAAAAUACGUCUUACGACAGCUCUUGUUUAUUUGUCUGCUUCCAUUUUGCUCUCAGAUUCAUUUAUUUUGCCCCUAGUCUUCGUUUACACUUUUUACUGUAAAUAUUACUGUUAAAACUGUAUGUUAUAGAUAUAUGGUAUAGUCCGUAGACUUUUUCAUUAUCCAUAUUUACAGUGAUUCAAUCAUUGGAAUACUACAUACAUGCUAGGUACUCUUACUUAUUUAGUUAGUGUGUACCUAAACAAGCAUCUUAAACAUCAUUUAGUGCACCAUAAAUAAUAUAGUUCCACGGUUGGAUCAAAUAUUCGCAGUUUCGAUGCUUAAUUUACUAAAUUCAUUGAAAAUUAUGAAAAAUAACUAAAAAAUGAUUGUUUUUUACAUAAUUUUAUUUUUGUCGAAUGUUCUGUACUUAAAACAUAAACAUGUUAUUGCUCUUUAUUUUUCAAAGAAUUGCAGUUUUUGCAGUAAACGUAUUAAUGCUUUUCUAGUUUAAUGAAUCACCACAAUGCAAAAAUUGUUUGAAAGAUCAAAACAGAAAUCAAAAAGUAUUAAGGUUCAAUAUUUAACAGAAAUCAAAAAAUAAGUAAGGUCCUAUGUUUAGCAAUCACAUACUAUGAGUUCUUUCAUAAAUGAUGUAUUGAGAUCUAAGCACAUUUUACGAAAGAAGAUUUUAACAGAAUAUAGUUAAAAGGAAUUUGCAUUCAAACGUGAAAGUGCUACGAGAUAAGGAAUAAUUUCAGUUGCCAAAAUGUUUGACAUUUUUUCCAAACAAUAUUCCUUGUGGUUUGUGGUGAUUGCUCUUUGGUAAUUUGCAGUUUUGUAAACAGGAGUGAAUUGAUGUAAAAAAUAUUUCUUAUUUUGAUUUCAAAGGGCGUCUCCAAAAAUCCACAAGGCAUUGCUGACCGAAUAGUGUGUAACAUUUGACAUAACCGUAGUCAUUUCGUCGAAAUACAUUUCCGUUUGAAUGCAAACAGAAUUUCUUUUCUUUUUUUCAAUAUUCGACAUUCCCGCACUUUGUAUUGCAGAGGGGCCUUAAGUAAAAGAAAAGUAUUUGUCACCAAAUCGCAUCGUUUGUUUUGUGAUUUUUUAAUAUGUCUUUCACAUAAGUUUUGAUUUGCUGCUAAUACUGUAAAAAGCUCAUAUAUUUUUUUUUAAAUAAAUCUAUAUUUAUAUUCUGCCAAGUCAAUUUUUCAUGUUUAAAGAUGGUCCGGCCUUCUAUACAUAUACAGUAUAUAUUUAUAGACUGUGUUGUAGUUUAGAAGCUAUCUUUUGGAGUAUACGUGCACCAGUCAACUUAUUGAUUGCGGUUAGAAAAUGUGUGCACUAUGCAAAUAGUUUAUAAACACGAUUUAAAUACAAUUUGAAUAGGAAUGAAACGUAUGAUCAACAGCACCAUCUUCGUACCAAAAGCUCGCACGAAACCUUAAGCGGCGAAUUGUGAUAUAGAAAGAGCAUACACCCUUACUGAAGCAAUGUCAAAUAAUGCAUACUAUGAAAGUGACGAUGAACUCAGGGAUAGAUGUAAUUGUGAAGACCCAGAGUAUGACAUUGAAGGCUAUCAUGAAGAAAAGGUGAAAAGCUUUCUAUUACAAAUCUAUGACCUAGAAGGAGAAGAAGACUUCUAUCAGCAAUUUAGAUCCAUAGAUGCAAAAGUACCACUUGAAGUAAAGUGCGAGAAAUGUUUGCAACCGGAGACAAUAUCGGUGUUAUUGACAGCGCGGCCCGUGUGGAGAAAGGAGAGAAUAAGCAGCGAUGUCCCUCCUAGAAUCGAUCACUUCGAGGAUAUAGAAAUAUACUUGUUCGGUUUUGAUGAACCAGAAACAUCGUUAAAAGAUUGCUUCAAAGCCAGUUCAAGUGCAUACGGUGAGGUUAAAGAAAUAUUACUCGUUCUACACGCGGAGCAAGACCAACGCGUCGUCAAUGAGGUUUGCACAUUUUUGGAAAAAGAACCAUUAAAGAGGGAUAUCAUUUGCAUAAAGAUCUUAGACGAAGAUAAUUGGUUGAAUUCAAGAUCAUGGAUAGAAAACAUGGCUCUCGUGGAUUUUGCCUUGAUUGUCGUGACCAGGGAAUCGCCUCUAAACUUCAUGAGCGGCAUCCAGCAAAUAUUAAAACUAGAGAACCACGCCCUAGGCAACGUCUCCCUGCUAUCUAUUGGUCGAAAUCCUGCUGGAAGUAAAUCUGGAAGGAAAAGUGCGUACGGGGUUGGGUUACAACCCACAACCGCCGGGACCAACCGCUGGGAAUAACCGCCGGGACUAACCGCUGGGAAUAACCGCCGGGAUUAACCGCUGGGAAUAACCGCCGGGAUUAACCGCUGGGAAUAACCGCCGGGACUAACCGCUGGGAAUAACCGCCGGGAUUAACCGCUGGGAAUAACCGCCGGGAUUAACCGCUGGGAAUAACCGCCGGGACUAACCGCUGGGAAUAACCGCCGGGAUUAACCGCUGGGAAUAACCGUCGGGACUAACCGCUGGGAAUAACCGCCGGGACUAACCGCUGGGAAUAACCGCCGGGAUUAACCGCUGGGAAUAACCGCCGGGACUAACCGCUGGGAAUAACCGCCGGGACUAACCGCUGGGAAUAAGCAAUGAAGUCACCCCCCAAAAAGGACUGAACAUUGCAAACUGUAGAUUAUACUCCUCUUAUACUAACAGAUGUAACGAAUGCAGCAUGUAAGAAAUGGCCAAGUAAGAGAGCGGACUAAAAGAAUUUGGUCAAAUUCUAACCACUCAAUGUCAGUUACUAGUGCUGCUAUCUAUCUUUUUAUCUAACUCACCUGGGAUAUUAUGCCAAUCGACCUUUUGAUCAUGUUUGGUAACAAAUGGCUCAGUAAGGGAGUGGACAUGAAACGGUGACUCCGCAGACGAGAACGCCCGACAACAUGAUCCUUAUUUCUUACCGGACCGUACCAUAUUGGAAUGAGUAUGUCUGCCAAGCUAGGCCGGCCUCAUAAAACAUGCAGAAAAAAUGACCCGAAAAUAAUUGCACAGCUGUUUAAAUCAGAAAUAGCGCGCUCGACUUUUCCGCCGCUUUUAAGUUUAAAGAUUGCUAAAUUUUGGUAAAACAUGCAUGGAUCACUGUAAAAUUACAUGCAAAACCUUAAGCAUAAGUAUUUAAGUUGAAUAUAGAACUGCCAUAAUUUGCAUUAUAUGCAAAAUGGGGUUAUUUAACCCGAUACAUAAAGAACGAUGUAUGGUUAAAACACGUAUAAAGUUUCAAUGCAAUACGUUAAAAAGUUGCUGAGAUAUUGAAUUACGUGUGCUUACAUGCAAAACCUUACCCAACAUUUCUGAGUCGAAUAAUUAAGAGCAAGAAUUAAUUGCAAAAAAGCUAUCAAACUUGACUAUUUAUGUAGGUUUGGAUGGCUGAAUACCAUUGUAUAGGCGUGUAAUGCAUCGUGUAGUUGCUGAGAUAAUAACAUAAUUGUGGUUACAUGCAAAACCUUAACCAGGAUUUCAAGGGCGAAUAAUAAUAUAAGUAUCUUCCAUGGCCGAGAGUGAAUGAUAGGUUCAUUCCGACCCGAGCUUUUGCGGAAACGAGGUUUACCGAGUUUCCGCAAAACACCCUGCGCGAGGGUCGGGAUGAACCUAUCUUACACGAGCGGCUAUGGUAGAUGCUUUUUCUCCCACCUCAGUUAAACAAAAUUAAGUAAAAAUGUAUUUUUUUCUGGAACUCUUUUGUGCUUAGUGAAAAUAAUCGCGUAUGGAUAUGCGAUAUUCCGUGGUUGUCAUGGAUAUGCGCGCAGUGAUUCAGAGUAUGUUAAUAAUCAAACCGGUCUUUAAAUAGUUCUAGGGAGAGUGAAACAUUAUUUCUUGAAAGGUGCGUGAAAACUGUUUUAUGGUGACAUUUGAAGCGAGAAAUAAUUUAUUAGCGUUCUAAAUAUUGCCACAAGACAAGGUGUCCAUGCUGCUACAGACGACAAUCUUCAAAUAGGAAGGUAAUUACAAUGUGGUGACCAGUAAAAAGGAGUUCCAUACGGGCAUUUUAUCUUCGCCCGUGGGCAAGAUUUCUAGCAUGGUUAAAUUAUUGGAUCUACUAAUCUGAGGUGGGAGAAAGAGCUAUCUAACUUGAUUUAUUAAGUACAAUGAAUGGCCUUGUAUAAAGUGCCAAUGCAAUAAAUCGAAUAUAUUCUGAGA